GGCAAAUUCCAGGGCAACAAAAAACUUUUUCGAUUUUGGAGUGAUUUUACGUUAUUUAUUUAAAAUAAUGUACAACCAGUGCAUUUGUAAGGCUAAAUAACAAAAUCAUUUGAUCAGAGAGAUUAGACUACCUAACAUUUACGGCUAGCCUACAGGGCUUUAGGUUUAAUCUUCAAGAUGAUGCUCUCAAGGACAAAGCCAGCCACUCAGUCUGGUUCGGCAGCCCCUCCUAAAGAACAGAAGAAGAAAAAGAAGAUGCCAAAGUUAGAUGAUUUCUUGAAUGUGCGAGACUACACAGGAGCUAUCACAUUAUUAGAGUUCAGCAGAAACAGUGGCCGAGGGUCUGAAGAGACAGAUCUAUGGAUCGCUUACUGUGCCUUCCAUCUAGGGGAAUAUAAACGGGCUAUGGAGGAGUAUGAGAGAAUGACAAAGAAGGACACAUGUCACCCUGAUGUUUGGAUCAACCUGGCGUGUUGUUACUUUUUCCUAGGGAUGUAUCCUGAGGCAGAAACUGCAUCCAAAAAAGGGCCUGAGUCAAGGCUCGCUAAUCGUCUGGAGUUCCAUCUAUCACACAAAUUCAACGAUGAAAAGAAACUAAUGGGGCACCAUCAAAGCUUACAAGAUAUUGUUGAAGACCAACUUAGUUUGGCUUCAAUCCAUUAUUUGCGAAGUCAUUAUCAAGAGGCAAUUGAUAUAUAUAAAAGAAUCUUGCUGGACAAUAGAGACUAUGUGGCCCUGAAUGUAUAUGUUGCAUUGUGCUAUUACAAACUAGAUUACUAUGACGUAUCUCAGGAGGUGCUAUUGGUUUACCUACAACAUCAUGCAGACAGUGCUGUUGCUCUGAAUCUCAAAGCUUGCAACCACUUCAGACUCUACAAUGGCAAGGCUGCAGAGGCUGAGUUGAAGAGUCUUCAAGAGAUGACCUCUCCAUCAUUCCUGUUUGCUAAAGAUCUCAUCAAACAUAAUUUGGUUGUAUUCCGUGGUGGAGAGGGGGCGCUACAGGUCCUGCCUGCACUGGUUGAUGUGAUUCCCGAGGCCAGACUUAACCUUGUCAUAUACUAUUUGAAACAAGAUGAUAUAAAUGAGGCCUAUAACCUUAUUAAAGACCUUGACCCUACAACGCCACAGGAAUAUAUACUGAAAGGUGUUGUUAAUGCAGCCCUAGGACAAGAUACUGGUUCAGACAAGUCAACUGGUGGAUCGAGGGACCACCUAAAGAUGGCGCAGCAGUAUUUCCAGUUGGUAGGGGGCUCUGCUAGCGAGUGUGAUACCAUUCCCGGAAGGCAGUGUAUGGCUUCGUGUUUCUUCUUGCUCAAACAGUUUGAAGAUGUCUUGGUGUAUCUGAACUCCAUAAAGAGUUACUUCUACAAUGAUGAUUCCUUCAACUACAACUACGCCCAAGCAAAGGCAUCAGUUGGUAACUUCAAAGAAGCAGAGGAGAUAUUUUCAUUGAUCCAGAGCGACAGACUGAAGGAGGAUUAUGUCUACUUAAGUUGGCUUGCAAGGAUUUAUAUCAUGAACAGGAAAGCAAGGCUAGCAUGGGAACUUUACUUGAAGAUGGAAACCUCAGGGGAGUCUUUUAGUCUGCUUCAGCUAAUCGCAAAUGACUGUUACAAGAUGGGUCAGUUUUACUAUGCAGCAAAGGCAUUUGAUGUGCUAGAGCGUCUGGAUCCCAAUCCUGAGUACUGGGAAGGUAAAAGAGGUGCCUGUGUUGGGGUUUUCCAGUCCAUCAUAGCUGGCCAGGAACCAAGGGAUUUGUUAAAGGAGGUCAUUAGUAUACUACGCGGUACUAGUAAUCCCCAGGUUGAAUUCAUCAUACGUACAAUGAAGAAAUGGGGCAAGGAGAAUAAAGUCUCAGUAUAGAGGGAGACAUUGCGUGAUGUGAUCCAGAUGUUGCGUAGUACAGGAACCCCACAAGUAGAAUUCAUAUUAAGGACCAUGCGCAAAUGGGCUAAAGAGAAUCGAGUCCCAUUACCAUAGAGCAACUGAAUGGACUGUUUGUCAGAAAUAUUGUUUUCCCUUUGACCAUUUUGCAUUGUACCUUUUAUUCUUCAUGGAAGUUCAAAAAUUUGGACUGAGACUCAUUUGGUUAGUUCCUUUAUUGUUGUUAUUACUGAACAAUAAAGCCUGUGUAAGUGGAACACCUUUGGUAUCUCUGAAAAGUGUUCCACUUAAAGAGGU